AUGGCAGCGGCCAUCGCCAGCGUGAUCCGGCAGAAGCGGCAGGCGAGGGAGCAACAUGUCCACCGGCCGACCCCUCACCGGCGACGGAAGAGCCCCGGUAAAAAGCCGGGGCUGUGCAACGGGAACCUGGUCGACAUCUUCUCCAAAGUCCGGAUAUUCGGCUUGAAGAAGCGGAGGCUACGGAAACAAGAACCACAGCUGAAGGGCAUAGUGACCAGGUUGUUCUGCAGGCAGGGCUUCUAUCUCCAGAUGGGCCAGGAUGGAAGUAUGGACGGGACCAAAGACGACAGCACCAACUCCUCUCUGUUUAACUUAAUUCCUGUGGGUCUGAGAGUCGUGGCCAUCCAAUCAGUGAAGACUGGCCUCUACAUCGCCAUGAACGGAGAGGGUCACCUCUACUCAUCGGAACUGUUUACAGCGGAGUGUAAGUUUAAGGAGUCGGUGUUUGAGAACUACUAUGUGAUCUACAGCUCUAUGCUCUACAGACAGAAGGAGUCGGGCCGGGCCUGGUUUCUGGGCCUCAAUAAAGAGGGACAAGCCAUGAAGGGCAACAGGGUCAAAAAGACCAAACCAGCUGCACACUUCCUGCCUAAACCUAUAGAAGUUGCGAUGUACCGAGAGCCUUCGUUGCACGACGUAGGGGAGGCGGUGCCUAAACUCGCCGGGGGCCCGCCUUCCAAAAGCACAACCAGCGAACCUGUGGUCAUGAAUGGCGGCAAACCAGUCAACAAACCAGACAAGGAGGCGACAUAA